AUGCCGAUUCUUCGUGAGCUUAUCGUAGUCUCUACAACUCUUUUCCUGCUCGUCGAUUUUUCCUCGGCUACAGGGGUCCGUUGUACGCUCGAGGAAGCCGUUCGCCCAGGCGCUUACAGCACGUGUUUCAAGGAGGAGAUCGAGGAACGAAGCCAGGCUGUUUGCAAAAAGGACCCGCCCACCGACAUGGACCACGGCCUGGUCAUCCAGAAAUGCUGCACGCAGAUCACGGCCUGCACCUGUACGGAUGAGGAAUUUAAGAGUAUCGUCUGCCCGGGUGAGGAAAUCGAUACUAACAGC